AUGUCUGCCCCAGCUACGUACUACAACGUUGAAGUCGUCCAGUUUUGGCGAGGCCAGAAAGAGUACCUUCAGCCUUAUCCCCUUCACUGGGUUAUCUAUAUCCCGACUGGUCCUGGUAUCGGGAACACGUACCACAUCCUGGGAAACACAGACACCUACACCAUAGAGUUCAGACACAACCAGCCGCACGUAAACACCAAUGACUGGCGCGGAAGCUUUACCAUUGGAAGAGUAGCCGCCCAUCAGCUGAGUUUAUUCGAGAGACAUCUCGCAAGCGUGCCAAUCGCACGUCACGAUCCCCGAUGGAACUCCCAAAAUUGGGUCUGGGACUGUAUCCGCCACCUCCGCCACCAACGUUUCGAGAUCAGCUGGCAGUUUAGACAAUGCGACCUUCAAACAAAGAUGUGCUGCCUGCUGGAGGACUGGGAAUUCGGUCGAAUUUAG